GUGAAAAGAGUACUCGGUGGUUUGGAAUUGAAAAAUGAUCAUUAAAGAAUUCCGAGUUGUGCUACCUAUUACUGUAGAAGAGUAUCAGGUUGGGCAGCUAUAUUCUGUUGCAGAAGCUAGCAAAAAUGAAACUGGAGGUGGAGAAGGUAUUGAAGUCCUCAAAAAUGAACCUUUCGAGAAUGUUCCUCUUCUUGGAGGAAAAUUUAACAAAGGCCAAUAUACUUACAAGAUUUAUCAUUUAGCAAGCAAAGUUCCAGCUUUUAUUCGACUUCUAGCUCCAAAAGGCUCUUUGGAAAUUCAUGAAGAAGCUUGGAAUGCUUAUCCAUACUGUAAAACAGUCAUAACAAAUCCAGACUACAUGAAAAAUAACUUUUUUAUUAGUAUCGAAACAAUGCACUGUCCAGAUGCUGGAGAUCAGUUCAACGCCCAUGAAUUGCCUCCUGAAAAACUUAAACAUCGUGAAGUAGUUUUUAUCGACAUUGCCAACGAUUCAGUAGAAAGUAGAGAUUACAAAGAAUCUGAAGAUCCAACUAAGUUCAAAUCUGAAAAAACAGGGAGAGGUCCUUUAGUAGGAAGUUGGCAGAAAACAUGUAAUCCUAUAAUGUGUGCCUAUAAGUUAGUGACAGUAGAAUUUAAAUGGUUUGGGCUACAGAACAGAGUGGAAUCAUUUAUUCAGAAGACGGAGAGGAGAAUCUUCCUUAAUUUUCACCGACAAGUGUUCUGUUGGUUAGAUCGAUGGCAUGGUAUGACAAUGAAAGAUAUUAGAGAAAUUGAAGACAAAACCAAAAGAGAAUUGGAUGAACAACGUAACAAGGGCAAUGUCCGAGGUACUCAAGGUGAGGAAUGACUUCCAUGGAUAGCAUUAAUCAAGCAUAUCUAUCUAUUCCAAUUCACCU